GAGAAGAGAGAAGAGAGAGAGUGGGGACGUGUGUUCGUAAGAGCAGGGAGGAAGGAUGGCUGCUCAUGUUUGAACUGCCUCAAUGCUGGAGGGGAGAGUGAAGGCAGAAAUCAGCAGAAGCAGAAAAACAGACGCUGUCUCCUAGCGAACGGUUCCUGUUCAUCAUUUGUGGAGAAGCAGAAAAGAUUUGGCAAUGCCAGCUGAAGUGAAAGAGGAGCAGAGUUCAGAGGGCCCCCCUCCACUGCCCUUUUCCCAGGAGGCAAAAGAGCAAAGUCUGGAUAAUCCGUCCACCAAUGAUGAGCUGGACACGCCCACCUCCAACACCUCCAUGAUGACUUCCACCAAUGACAGCUCCAUGGAGACUGACACACCACAGCAGACAGACACGGAGGACUCCAGGGCUGUGGAGCAGGAUGGUGAACAGUCUGAGACUCCACAGUCUCCAGAACCGCAGCUCAACCUGGAGACGCCUGACACACCUGAUCCAACGCCUGCUCCAGUGGCCCAGGAUAACCCCGCCGAGCAGCCGGUGCCUUCAGCAAACAGCCAACCCUCUGAGCCCCUUCCACCGACCACAACUAUAAACAGCACACCCGCUGCUCUCGCUUGGUCUGCUGAGCCCCAGACCGUGACCACAAACGCACAGAACAACCUGUACACCCUGCCUGACAGCUACAGAGGCCUUGGAGGUGACCUGUGCACCGGGUAUGGAAGUCUGUCCCGGAAUACCCUUCACAGUUACUGGCCCUCCAAAAACUUCCAGCCCGGGGCUCACUACACCCUUCCCUUCCCGAGAGACAGCUAUGGUCCUGUGGGCCUCAGUAGCCAGCCUGAGGAUGAAGGCCAUGGGGACCAGGGAGAAGAUACCGCAGACAUAAAGUCUGAUCACCCAGCCGCCAGCUACCCAGCACCUGGGGGCAUCCAGCAGUUCCGGCCAAUCACCACCUUAGAGCUCCUCAGGGAGCCAUCAAGAACCAGAAGUGGAUAUGAUGACGCCCUCAUGUCUCAGCUGGAUGGGAACCUGAACCCUUUCUUCCAGGCCAUGUGCCGAGCCCAGACCCUGCAGUUCCCCCACAAACGCAGCAGCAUGGUCAGCCUGGACAGUAUCCGCAGGGACCCACGCUGGAGAGACCCCAACCUGCAUGAGGUGAUCUCGAUGCUCAGCCACCCAAUGGACCCGGUCAAGUCCAAUGCUGCCGCCUAUUUACAGCACCUGUGUUAUGAGAACGAUCGCAUCAAGCAGGAGGUCAGGCAGCUGAAGGGGGUGCCAAUACUGGUGGAACUGCUGGAUCAUCCUAAAGCUGAGGUCCAUCGUAAGGCCUGUGGGGCCUUGCGCAACAUAUCCUACGGAAAAGACCACAACAACAAGGUGGCCAUCAAGAACUGCGACGGGAUCCCAGCAUUAGUCAGACUGCUGAGGAAGUCAAGCAGCAUGGAGGUCAGAGAGUUAGUCACAGGCACUCUGUGGAACCUGUCUUCACAUGAGCCGCUGAAGAUGGCCGUCAUCAACCACGGGCUUCAGACGCUGACAGACGAAGUUAUCAUCCCACACUCAGGCUGGAGGAGAGAAUCUGCUGAAUUGUCCAGAUCUCAGAGCACAGAGUGGACCACGGUCUUCAAGAACACCUCUGGAUGUCUGAGGAAUGUCAGCUCAGAUGGGGCAGAGGCUCGACAGAGGCUGAGGGAGUGUGAGGGGCUGGUGGACGCACUCCUUCAUGCCCUUCAGUCAGCUGUUGUCAACAAGGAGACAGACAAUAAGUCAGUCGAGAACUGCGUCUGCAUCCUUCGAAACCUGUCCUAUCAUGUUCACAAAGAAAUACCAGGGGCAGAGUGCUUUCAUGAGCCCCACGCCGCCCAUUUGCCAAAGUUGGGAGGAAACCAGAAGAAGAAUGAGGGGGACUGUUUUGGAGGGAAAAGAGCCAAAGAGGAGUGGUUCAAUCAAGGUUGGAAAAAUGGAUUUAUGGACAGGAAAUACGGUACACUGGACAUACCGAAACGUACAGAACCAAUGAAAGGGCUGGAGCUUUUGUACCAGCCAGAGGUGGUGAGGCUCUACCUGUCUCUCCUCACGCGCAGCCAGAACCACAACACCCUAGAGGCGGCGGUGGGAGCGCUGCAGAACCUCGCUGCAGGACACUGGGCUUGGUCCAGCUACAUCCGGGCCACAGUCAGGAAGGAGAAAGGGCUGCCUAUUCUGGUGGAGCUGCUGCGUUCAGAUGCAGACAAAGUGGUGCGAGCUGUGGCCAUCGCUCUUCGUAACCUGGCCAUAGACCGACGGAAUAAAGACUUGAUAGGAAGCUAUGCCACGAGGGACCUAGUCAGUAAUCUGCCAUGUGGGCAGCAGUGCCCAGCGAAGAAUCUUGAGGGCGAUACGGUGGUGUCUAUUUUGAACACCAUGCAUGAGAUUAUCACAGACAGCCCGGAAAACGCCCGUGGGCUCAUACAGAGUCACGCCAUCCAGAAGCUGGUAGCCAUCAACAAGACAAGCCAAUCUGCACGUGAGAUCAAGGCGGCCUCCCACGUGCUCCAGACACUGUGGGCCUACAAGGACCUGAGAAACAGUCUCCACAAGGCCGGCUGGAACAAGAGCCACUUCAAGCCCACAACUACAGGAGCCAGUAAGAAAUCCAAGAGUGGAAAACAAGGCAAUGACGACAUCACUUUGCCUCUCAUGGAGAAAAACCAAGACGUUUAUUCCACCUUGGAGCAGAGUGACAGAGUGGGGGAUGGGAAAGGGCCCAUGAUGGAGAGGGAGACUCUGCAGACAUUUCCUGAGAGAAAACACUUUAUCAGAGCUGGAAGGCCUGCGGUGGGCCUCGUGGAAAGCAAGCCUCCUCCGCUGGACUCCUGGGUCUAAAGACGUAACACAGGAGACAUGCUAUCCACUGGUGGGGGAUUGGUCAUUCUUGUACAGAUGUUAAUGUCUCCUUAACUUUAAUCACUUUCUUUUGUUUGCAGGAAGAAAUGAUGUCUAAACAUCUGCUUUUAUUUAUUUAUUUAUUUAUUUAUGGAGACUUAUUUGGGAAUGAUGUGGAUGAAUACUGAAUUAUGAUGAUACACUUCUGAAAAUCAUAAUGGAUUAUAUAAUGGGGUCUAUUAUGGAAACUGUACAGAGUCCAGACUAGAAAGAAUCUAUACUAUGUGUAAUUUUACUCUUCUUUGAUACAACAACGAGCAGAUUCACGUAAUAUCUAGUGGUAACGAUUUGUUUGGACAGUCCAGUGUUGACACUUACCUGUCAAAGAACAAAAAGUCUAUUUGGUGCACCUUCACAGAUUAGCCCUGAUCCUGACCUGGGCCUAGCCCAACCCUUUUUUUUUUUUUUUUUUAACUUAAACCAAAUCCUAUCUUGAGCCUCUUUCUAAGAUUAUACCCAACUCUAAGAUUAACCAUAGCCCAGACACUGAGUAUCUAUAAACUGGGUUUCACACAGUUAUGAGCAUCACUUGGAACUUGCCAGACUUUCCAGUGACCAGAGGAAGUAACUAAUUACGUUUCCUUAUGUUGCUAUAACUGAGUAGUUUUUUGUGCACUUGUACUUUGUUGAGUAUUUUUUAAAGUCAGUAAUUUUACAUUUACUUAAGCACAUUUUUGCUUGAGUUUUGUACUUACACUACACUUCAUUUUAAAUG